GUUGGGGUAUUCCUGGGUCCCUUUGGGGCACUCCUGUGUCCCUUUUCAGGGUGUGUGGCACUCCUGGGUCCCUUGGUGUCCCUUUGGGGCACUCCUGGGUCCCUUGGUGUCCCUUUGGGGCACUCCUGGGUCCCUUUUUUCUUCCCCACAGUGUAUUGGGCAGGAAAAGCUGCCACUUCCGGGAUGGGGGGCGGGGCUUAUGGACACCCCCCCCCGCCCAUCCCCCUCCACACCCUGAGUGGCUCCCAGGGCUCCCACGUCCCCCUGCUGGGUGACACAGGCCCGCCCCUCCCCCUGCUGCGAUUCCUGGAGCCAAUGGGAACGGCCGAAACAGCUCCACCUCCCAGCGACAUCACCUCCCUCCACGAGCCUCCGGACGCCUGGGUCCCUCCCCCGAACUCCUGGGUCCCUCCCCCGAACUCCUGGGUCCCACCCCCGAACUCCUGGGUCCCCCCCCUCCCCUUCCCCCCCCUCCAGGGGGCGCUGGCGCUCCGCGGAGGUUUUGGCGGGAAGCCCCCGGCCCCGCCCCCGCUCCAGGUCCCGCGAUGAUUGGACGGAGGUUUCGGCGGGAAGCUCCGGGCCCCGCCCCCGCUCCAGGUCCCGUGAUGAUUGGACGGAGGUUUUGGCGGGAAGCCCCGGGCCCCGCCCCCGCUCCAGGUCCCGCGAUGAUUGGAUGGAACCGGGAGGGGGCGUGACCGAGGGGGGCGUGGCCAAAGCGAGGCCCCGCCCCCAUGGGUCCCCCCGGCGGCUGCGAAAGAACGACGCCCUGAGCCGGGAGAGUCUCGUGGUGUGAGGGACCCGGAUGCCUGGGUCCCUGGGGCACGCCUGGGUCCCCUCCCGGACGCCUGGGUCCCCUCCUGAACUCCUGGGUCCCUCCUGAACUCCUGGGUCCCUCCUGAACUCCUGGGUCCUUCCCGGACGCCUGGGUCCCCUCCCGAAACUCCUUGGUCCCCUAUUUGGGUCCCUUCCCGAACUCCUGGGUCCCUUCCCGGACGCCUGGGUCCCUGGGGCACUCCUGGGUCCCUUCUCGGACGCCUGGGUCCCUGGGGCACUCCUGGGUCCCUUCCCGGAGCCUGGGUCCCUGGGGCACUCCUGGGUCCCUCCCGGACGCCUGGGUCCCUUCCCGAAUGCCUGGGUCCAUGGGGCAUUCCUGGGUCCCUUCCCGGACGCCUGGGUCCCUGGGGCACUCCUGGGUCCCUCCCGAACGCCUGGGUCCCUUCCUGAACUCCUGGGUCCCUUCCCGGAUGCCUGGGUCCCUGGGGCACUCCUGGGUCCCUUCCCGAACUCCUGGGUCCCUCCCGGACGCCUGGGUCCCUCCCAGGUCUGUAUUUUUAGGGCCAAUCGGCUCAUUUUUGGGGCCGUUUUUUUUUAAUCCAGUGACCGAAUUCUCCCGAUUUUUGGGCCAAAUAAACGAGUUUUAGAGAAA